AUGGAAUCUAUUAUCCUCAGCAUUGCCAUCUUUAUUGGCGUCCUCCUUGGCACUAGCGUUGGUGCUGGCAGUGGUAGUAGCAUUAGUCCUGACGUUGAUGCUGGCAGUGGUAGUCGCACUAGUCCUGACGUUGAUGCUGGCAGUGGUAGUCGCAUUAGUGCUGGAGUUGGUACUUUCAGUGGUAGUAGCACUAGUCCUGACGUUGAUGCUGGCAGUGGUAGUAGCACUAGUCCUGACGUUGGUGCUGGCAGUGGUAGUAGCAUUAGUGCUGGAGUUGGUAGUCGCAUUGGUACUGGCAUUGGUAGUCGCAUUGGUACUGGCAUUGGUACUGGCAUUGGUAGUCGCAUUAGUACUAGCAUUGGUAGUCGCAUUAGUCCUGACGUUGGUACUAGCAGUGGUAAUCGCAUUAGUACUGGCGUUAGUACUGGCAUUAGCACUACCAUGAAUGCACGUGUCGCUGUCCUCAUCACUGCUGCAAUACUUUCUGCACCUGUCACUGCUAUUGCUCUCCUGGAAGCUAGACGGUAA